CUCUAUGCGAUAGGACAAAAUAGAUGUUUAUUACGGAGGGCUGGACCGCCUUCUCUCCACCCACACUAUAACCACUUUUGUCGUCGUCAGAGAUACUCUGCUAUCAAGAUAGUUCACGUCUUACUCUACCAUUGUCUCCAAGCGUACAAAUAUUUUAAACAUGGAUUAGUAGGCACAGAAGAGGUUAGCAAACAGGAAGGCACAAUUUCUCUUUCCAUGUAGAAAACGAUGAGAAUGUUGAUUUUUGACAUACCACGCAUGCUCACAAAAGGAGCGACCGUUAAGUUCUUUAGACACCUCUUAAAACGAGAAAUGUUGUAUUUUUUAACGUUUUUGACAGUAGAGUAGGUCACUUACACCUAAAACGUCACCCCCUUAUGCUAAUUUAUAUACAAAUACAUGUACAACAGCAGUAAAAACGCCACAUGCGAGGCACUCUCACCGAGUCCCAGCUAAAAACACGACGUCUUGCGUUGCCAACGGGCGUUAGACGAAAGAGAAAGUGCUCAAGCAGUGAAAUCCUCGUCUUGGUUUUGUACUCUUUGUUGGAUGUGUGCUGUGGAUGACAACCGUCCAGCCCGUCUCAACAACAGCAGCGACGGCGGCGGCGGCGGCAGUGUGUUUAUCAUCGCAGCAGCCGAGGGGAGUGAAGCGAACCGGAGGAAGGAGCGAAAAAGGAUUUACGGACACCGACCAAGCAUGGCUACCCAAACGACAGCAUCAUGUACUGGAUCCACUCUGUUGCAGCCAAUCAGCGAAAUUAUCAAUCUCCCUCUUGACCAGGUUAACUUUGUGGCAUGUCAGCUGUUCGCCCUGCUGAUGGCUGUGUGGUUUCGGCUCUACCUCCACCCCAGUAAGACCAGUCCUUUCAUCAGACAUGUGGUGGCCACUCUGCUGGGUUUCUACUUGGCUCUCUUCUGCUUUGGCUGGUACUCCCUACAUUUCCUGGUGCAGAGUGGUCUGUCCUACAGUGUGAUGGUCUUUGCUGGCCUGGAGCACAUGCACAAGUACUGCUUCAUCGUGACGCUUGGCUAUCUGAUAUUGUGUCAGAUCACACGAGUCUACGUGUUUGACUAUGGCAUGUACUCUGCAGAUUUUACAGGGCCCAUGAUGGUUAUAACACAGAAGAUUACCAGCUUGGCGUUUGAAAUACAUGAUGGAUUGACCAAGCGAGACGGGCAGCUGACUCCCACUCAGAAAUACCUAGCUAUCAGGCGGAUGCCCAGCUUGCUGGAGUACCUGAGCUACAACUGUAACUUCAUGGGCAUCCUGGCAGGACCCACCUGCUCUUACAACGACUACAUGGCCUUCAUCGAAGGCACAGGCUACCAGCCACGCCACCAGGAGAAUGCCAAUGGCAAGGAGAAUGGGAAGUACAAGCAGAGUGAACCCUCUCCCAAGAAUGACGUCAUCUCCAAGCUGUGUACAUGUGCCAUCUCGCUGGCCAUCUAUCUGUCGCUGUGCAAGCUGCUCCCAGUGGAGCACUCCAUAGACGAUGACUUUGUCAACUCCACACCCUUCCACCUUCAGGUCAUCUACCUUUACCUGGCCAUGCUGUCUCUGAGGCCAAAGUACUACUUUGUCUGGACACUUGCUGAUGCUAUCAACAAUGCUGCCGGAUUUGGCUUCAAUGGAUACAACAAAGAUGGCUCCCCACGGUGGGACCUGAUAUCCAAUCUCAGAAUUCUGGACAUUGAGUUUGCCACCAGUUUCAAGAGUUUCCUAGACAACUGGAAUAUCCAGACAGCUCUUUGGCUCAAAAGGGUGUGCUAUGAGCGCUGUGCCAUCAACCCCACUGCUGCCACCUUCCUGCUGUCGGCCAUGUGGCACGGGGUGUACCCCGGCUACUACCUGACCUUCCUCACUGGCAUUGCCAUGACCAUGGCUGCGCGUGCAGUAAGGCACAACAUCAGACCAUACUUCCUGGGCUCUGACUCGUACAAGUGCAUCUAUGAUGUCAUCACGUGGGCAUGGACUCAGAUUGCCAUUAGCUACACAGUUGCGCCAUUUGUCCUACUUGCUGUGGGACCCUCACUCAAAUUCUACAGGUCCUGGUACUUCUGCUUACAUCUCCUCUGUCUCCUGGUUGUACUGGCCCUGCCUGUCAAAUCGAGACGCCUGCAGGCCAAAGAGCAGGACGGUUUACAGAAGGACUGCCUACAGGACAACCAGACAGACCACAACAGCACAGACAACUGCAACCAGAAAGACAAAGCCACAUGAGACUCGGGACAGCAACUCACAGUCCCUUCAGCAGCAGAAACACUGAGACGAACUAGAAACCACAGAGAGCUGGAGUGUGGCGAGUCUGUUUACCUGAUGAAGAACCAAAUAUCGGACGCUCUGAAAAUCCUAACAGACAGAAAACAAAACUGUCAAAACUUCCAGUAGCAAGGAUGACAGCAAUCACUUCUGACAUGGAUAAGAGACCAGGAUGUAAAAAUGGCCAUGGUGUAAACUAAUGAGUGAUAGUGGUUACUUUACAUUACAUUAGUGGAAAUGAAGACUUCCAAGCUGCCUUAAACCCUCUAUGUACUCGUCUGGUGAAAUAACAGUUGGAUGGCACGCUGCAGGAACCUAAAUGCAGUUCCACCAUUGUGGUGUCAGGUUAUACAAACAGAAUAGAAGUCCAGUAUGUGGAGGGUUUUUGUCAUUGUCUGGAUACAAGCCUCUUUUAGGUGGAAACCGAAAAUGUGUUCAUGUAAAAGAAACAUAACCUUUAUCAUCAGCUGCCAAUUUCAAACAGGCCUUAGGAUCCUCAAAACAUUGUUUGAUUUCUAUGUCUUUUUUAAAGUCUUUAUUGGAGAAGAAUUCACAUUGUACGUGUUUUGUAUUUAGAUGUUUGUGACAACACUAUCUGAAAUCCAUUCUCAGUGCUUUUUUAUUUAUUUUUUAUUUUUUUGGGAUGAAUUGACUUUGCCUGACAUAGAAAGUCCCAAAGUGGAAUUCAGACCCCGUCCGCCUCCAGCAGUGGAAAGUCUCAAAGAGGCACUCGAGUUACUUCAUGGAUUUCUGUUUUUUUUUUUCAUAUCUACUGGUUUUUUUGUGACAAACGUGACUCAUCAGAUAAAUGUGUGUUUCAAAGGGAGUUUAUUUACCCUGUCAUGAUUUAGAUUUUUUUUUUCAAAGAUUUCUGACUUGGGGUUCAGGGGUGUGAUUUUUUUUUUUAUUAUCAUGUUCUUUUUUUUUCAUGUGUUUUAUAUUUUUCAUACAACAGGUUUCCUCUGUGUUCAAAUGUCUUGCCUCUGUAAUACAAGUAUCCAAAACUAUUUCAUGAAUGCAAGUCCUAAAUAAUAAAAGUGUAUAAUUGGGGAAACACAGUGGAUUGUUAACAUCACUGUUGAACACUCGUACAGUUUAAUUAAUUAUUUUAAAUUCACAAAUGAGACAGGAAUCUACUCAGAUUUAUGAUUUAUUUCAGAUUCACUGAAGACUUAUUUAAUUGUUAAAAUGUUUUGAAGCCAUAAUUAUUACAAACCAAUUGAAUGUAAAAGAAAAUUUGAUGCACAGUGCAUAAAAGCACAUAUCGUGUUCAGGCUGCAAAUUAUCUAGGUGUGCAAUUUGCAUUUGUCUGUGAGGAAAUCUGCUACAGUUAUUUAUAUAUGUGACAUCGAUAUAGACCAGCUGUUGUGGUAAAUGGUCUUAUUUCAUAUUGUGUGCACUUAUGUUUAGAAUAGGGGAUGUUUCAGGGUGCAUUUACUGUAGGGUGUAAGACACCAGUUCCCCAUGUUGUUUUGGUCCAUGGCUCACCUUAAGCCUUUCAAACCAUCCAGUUUACUCUUUACAACAUGCUGCAGUUCAAACAGCCACCCAUGUAAUUAAUUUCUGUUUCAUUAGACAUUUUUAUGGAUUUAGUCAAGAAAAUAUGGAAAUGUAGUGCAGAGGGGGCAAUCUGUUAGAGGAAAUAGUCUGGGGAUUUCAAGCCCACAAUAUCAUAAACACUUUGAAGUUGUGCUUUUUUUCAUAAAAAUUGUCAGUAAUUUGAAUUGAUUUGUUGCAUUUGUGUUAUGUAAAAUAACAAAGCAGCAGAGGUGAGCUUGUUCCUCUCUAAUUUCUUUUUAAGAUUUUCUAACAUUUGCAUAUUGCUGCCAUAACUGUUUGUGUUACCAGUAUUCAUGUGAUUCGUACACGUCGAUGUGGUCUCAUGUAAACCAUAUUUGUAGCCUGGGCCCUGUGUAGGCGAGUGUGGCCCACUUAAGGGAAAGGGAUGUCAUUCUACAAACAUAGCGAUUAUUGCACUGCAUGGCCACCCAAACCAGCAGAUCAAUGCAAACUGCUCCACAUGUCCAAAGUGCCAAAUCAAGAACGGCGCAUUUUGUUUUGUGUGUAUGUGAGCAUGCGUGUUUGUUUGUGUGCGUGCGUGUGCAUGUGUCCAUGUAGUAUGUGUGUGCGUGCGCCUGUGUAACAUAAUGGUUAUUUUUGUGUCAGAAGGAAAUUUAUCGAAAGAUUUGUAUAACAGUACAUUAAAAUUAUGAUUUAUGUGUCAAAAUAAAGAGAAAUUAUUUUUAAACACUAAAA